AAUGUCAAACUAGCCGUUACCUUUUAAAAGCUCAGCGGUCUCCGCUCCCUUCUUGAAAGUUUUAUCUCUCUUUUUCCUCACAACUCAACCAUUUCUCUCACAUAGAAAGAUGUUUACUGAAGGUCUAGAUGAAAGCGCAAUCAACUGGAUCAAGCAGGGAUCAGAUGUUCAAGAACCCCGUAUUCGUUCUCCUUUGUCUCCAUUGUCAGAGGAGCUGUGCUCUCACAACCCAUUUCCAAAAUCUCCUACAGACCCAAUCCAGAAAUCUCCACUUUUAUAUAAUUCCAAUAAUUUUAGUUCUUCCCAUUUGUUACCUCCUCUGAAAUUCCACUCUGGUUUACUUACUCCUCGCAACUUAGUAGCCCCAUGCCUAGACGACAAUGAUAAUGAGAGCGUGGCAUCAGUUACGGAUUAUAUGGGCGGAAACUACUCAGAGGAGGAGGAAGAGGACGUGGGUGUUACUGAUAUCGACUACUUGGGGAAGCCAGAUUUGCAAUGCUAUGAUGAGGAGGAGAUACAUGGGAACAGGCCUAAAACGAGGUUGAAUAGGGGGUUGUUGAAAGAAGAUUUGAAAAUUGUUGUUCCGGACAAUUUUGGAAGGUUCAGCGACUGUGACCUGGCCAGUAGAAAAACUGUCCUUAAGAAUUCGACCCCAGCUGGAAGUUGUCCACUUCGAGAGAGAGUCCAGAUGCGCAAUGCACAUGCAAUAUUUGAUGGGAAUUAUAGUCACAAAACAAACGUGUUUAAAGAAGCCGGAGAUUUGGGGACUCCAAGUGCACCUCCAAUUGUGGAAACUGGGGGAGAAGAAAAGAGUUUUGUAGUUGAAGCUGAAAUUCAGAAAACUAGAGUUGAAGUUUCCGAGUCAAGAGAAACAGAUCCUUUUGAUGGAAGUAGAGAAGGUCUAGUAGAUGGAACAUCCCAAUCAAUGCACAGCACUGAAUUUGUUGAAAGACUAGAGAAGACCAUGGCUGGAGAAAAAGAAGAAACGAUGCCUUAUUGGCAGACAAGCUCAUUGGAUUAUAAUGCCAGUGGUCAAUAUGCUUGGCAAACUUUAAUAACUUAUGAUGCAUGUAUCCGCUUAUGUCUCCAUGCAUGGGCUAGGGGAUGUACAGAGGCUCCGGAAUUUCUGCUUAAUGAGUGUCUGCUUCUUCGAAGUGCCUUUGGAUUACACAAAUUUUUGUUGCAACCGCGAGGUGUACAACCAAUAGAAGUCAGAACUAUGAAGAAUGCAGAACAAAUAUUCCCUUCGAAGAUAAAGAAGGUUGCUGGGAAGAUAAGAGUUGAGGUAAGGAAACUUCGAAUAAUACCUAGGCGAAAACUGAAGAGCACAUACUCUCAGCGCAGUGCAAUCUACAUGCAAAUGGGGAAAGAGUAUGCUCAGCAUUUUUCAUCGUUAGUGAAAACUGGCAUGAAUUCUCUUAAACUAGCUUCAUUUUCAGUGACAUCAGAAGAGCAACUGUCGUGCUUAUUCCAACUGAAAAGCACCAGUGAAGAUGCUCAACUUGAACAAGGUUCUACCAUUUCCUUACGCCCUGGAAGUGGGGAGUACCAUGUGUUUUUCCCAGAAAGCGAAGCAGAUGCUCUUUUAGUAGAAGUCCAGGAUGCAAAACAAUCAGUCCAAGGUCGAGCUACAAUUCAGAUUUCAUCAUUGAAUGAUAAUCUUAGUGACAGAAUUCGGUGGUGGCCUUUAUUCCAUGAUGAUCAAGAAUGUGUUGGGAAGAUACAACUCUCAAUUGGUAGUACAAUUACAUGUGACGAGAAUAAUAAUAUAAAGAGUGGUCCUGUUGUGGAAACUCUAGCUUAUAAUCUACUGUUGGAGGCUGCUAUGCGUGCACAACAUUUUCAAUCUCAAAACCUACGAUUGCAUGGACCUUGGAAGUGGCUGCUGACUGAAUUUGCAGACUAUUAUGGUGUUUCUGAUUCAUAUACAAAAUUGAGAUAUCUUUGGCAUGUCAUGAAUGUGGCCACUCCAACUAGAGACUGCUUAGAGCUGGUAAACGAAUUUCUUGUACCCAUCAUAAAGGCUAGGGGAGACAAAAGUUUGACUAGACAAGAGAAAAGUUUAUUAUUAGAUUGUGAAACACAAAUUGAGAGUCUGUUGGCAAACGUUUUCGAGAACUACAAGUCUCUGGAUGAAAACUCUCACACUGGGUUGGCAGAUCUGUUUGGUCCAGUGCAGGAAUCUGCUGCACCAGCUUUAGCUCCUGCUGUUGAAGUCUACGCCUUUCUUCAUGACAUACUAUCUCAAGAUGCACAGACUAUGCUGAGAAACUAUUUGCAGACAGCAGCUAAGAAAAGGUGUCGGAAGCACAUGAUUGAGACUGAUGAGUUUGUGUCUAACAACUCUGAAGGUUUCCUCAUGGAUUCCAUUACUAUCUCAACAGCUUAUUUGAAAAUGAAGAAUCUGUGUACGAGUAUUGGAAAAGAAAUUCAGGCAGACAUCAAAAUCCACAAUCAGCACAUAUUCCCAAGUUCAAUUGACUUGUCAAACAUCACUGCUGCUGUCUACAGCACUGAGUUGUGCAAUAGGCUUAGAAGUUUCCUUUGUGCCUGGCCUCCAUCUAGCCCACAGCCACAUGUAAAUGAACUUCUAAUAGCAGUUGCUGAUUUUGAGCGGAAUCUUGAUCUCUGGAAUAUCAGUCCAGUGCAGGGUGGUGUAGACUCAAGGGGCUUGUUCCACAGUUACAUAAUGGUGUGGGUACAGGAUAUGCAACUUAACUUGCUUGACCAGUGCAAAGCUGAAAAAGUGCCAUGGGCUGGAGUAACAACAAAUCAUACCACCUCUUCAUUUGCUGAAGAAAUGUAUGAGAAAAUCAAGGAUUCCCUUAUUGAGUAUGAAGUGGUUAUCAAUCGGUGGCCCCAAUAUUCAUUGAUUUUGGAAAAUGCUGUUGCUGAUGCGGAAAGAGCAAUCAUUAAGGCUUUGGAGAAGCAAUACAAUGACAUCUUAACCCCUUUGAAAGAUAGCAUUCCGAAGAGGCUUAAUAUGCAUGUUCAGAAACUGACAAGAAGACAAUCAACAGCACUCUAUUCUGCACCUAAUCAAUUGGGGAUUUUUCUGAAUACCAUCAAGAGAAUUCUAGAUGUCUUACAUUGUAGAUUGGAGGACAUCUUGAAGUCUUGGGCAUCCUAUCUGCCUGUCGUGGGAGAUAGAAAGUCACUCUUUGGGGAGCAGAUGAAUGGAAUCACAGUUCUGUUGAGAACAAAAUACAAAAAUUAUCUGCAGGCAACAGUUGAACAGCUUGUCCACAAUAUGCAAGCUAACAGGAGCACACGACUAAAAAGAAUUUUGGAGGAAAUAAAGGAAGAAGAUGGAGAGGCUGAGGUUCGUGAAAGAAUGCACAUGCUGAGUUCACAGCUUACUGACUCUAUAUCUAACUUGCAUGAGGUCUUCACCGGUAGGAUAUUUGUUGCAGCAUGUCGUGGGUUAUGGGACAGGAUGGGACAGAUUGUUUUGAAGUUUCUAGAAGGAAGGAAGGAGAACAGGGUUUGGUAUAAUGGCUCUUGUUAUGCUUUAGGGAUACUGGACGACACCUUCGCUUCAGAAAUGCAGAGACUACUUGGAAAUUCACUUCAAGACAAGGAUCUAGAGCCCCCUCGAUCAGUAAUCGAAGCUCGAUCUAUUCUUUGCAGAGAUGCAACAAAUGCAGCUGAUACAUCUACGUACUUCUACGUUUAGUGGAUGAGUCUUCCCCAGAACCAGUGUCAACUCACAUUUUUUUAAUAGUUAUACAUGCUUUUAGCAUAAGUGGCAUACCAAUGAUACACCUUUCAGCAAUCAAAUUUCAUUACAUUCUUUUUUGUAUAUAAUCAUCCCUGCAAUCUGUGUAAUAUUGAAAUUGUUUGUAAUUUUGUUUUUUGCUAAAGAAUAAAAUUUCAACAAGUUAAAAUGCA